AUGGAGGAACCAGCAUAUGUGAUAGUUGGAGGUGGAAUAGCAGGUGUUUCAUGUGCAGAAAGCCUGUCCUUUUACUCUCCUGGAGAAAAGUGCUUAUUAAUAACUGCAUCUCCUUUGAUUAAAGCAGCAACAAAUGUAACUGCACUCACCAAAACUUUAACAGAAUUUGAAGUUGAAGAAAGGGAUGUACACACUCUCAUAGAAACAUACCCUUCUAUCUCUGUGAUUGAAGACAUAGUUGUAGAUGUUGACGCUCAAUCCCACAGAGUUCACACCAAGCAAGGGCGCACUGUAGAAUACAAGAAGCUUUGCAUCUGUUCUGGGGGAUAUCCAAAACUAAUAGAUAAAAAUAAUCCUUAUGUGAUUGGUAUCAGGGACACAGAAUCAGUUGAACAGUUUGAAAAACGUGUAAAAAAUUCGAGACGAAUUUUAGUUGUAGGAAAUGGUGGCAUUGCAACUGAAAUCGUACAUGAAAUAAAAGGUCUAGAAAAAAUUUGGGUCGUAAGAGACAAUCAUAUAUCAGCUCCAUUUAUUGACCCGGGAGCUGCUGCAUUCUUUCAAGAAGAGAUAAACAAAAAGGGCGAAAAUAAUCAAGAAAAGUCAGUAGUGAAGAGGAUGAAGUACACAUUGUCAAAAAUGAAACUAACUGAUGAAAGGGGUGCAGCUUUAGGUCCAGACUGGCAUUUAAAUUUCAACAUAUCAGGAAGCCAGCUGGAGAACUCAAAAGUUACUGUAGAGUACAAUUGUGAAAUAAAGCAAAUUCUUACAGCAGAUGAGUAUCAUUUGAAGUACAAUUCAGAGGAAAGUGACUGGCCAGUCUUUGCUGAACUGACAAAUGGAAUUAUCUAUGGCUGUGACUUCAUUGUAUCUGCGACUGGUGUGAUCCCAAAUACCUCUUUUGUGAAAGAUUUGAAAGACAUAGACUUUGCUUCUGACGGUGGCUUAAAGGUCGAUUGGAAAAUGGAAACAUCUGUUCCGGAUAUUUUUGCUGCUGGAGAUGUUUGUACAGCAUCAUGGCCCCAUGCAUUUCACUGGUUUCAGAUGCGGCUCUGGACACAGGCUAGGCAAAUGGGAUCUUAUGCUGGAAAAUGUAUGGCAGCAUCAAUAACAAAUGAGGAAAUUAUGCAAGAUUUUUGUUUUGAACUAUUUUCUCAUGUGACAAAAUUCUUUGGCUAUAAAGUGAUUCUGUUGGGUCUUUUCAAUGGUCAGAAACUGAACAGUGAUUAUGAACUUUUGGUAAGAGUAACGAAAGGAAAUGAGUACAUAAAGUUGGUAAUAAAAGAUGGUAAGGUGCACGGUGCAGUCUUGAUUGGUGAAACUGACUUGGAAGAGAUGUGUGAAAAUUUAAUACUUAAUCAGCUAGAUGUCAGUGUGUAUGGGGAGGAUCUUCUUAAUCCUGACAUUGACAUAGAAGACUACUUUGAUUAAACAACAGAAUUACAAGCUUCUGUUAAUUGUACUUUGAUUAAACAACAGAAUUACAAGCUUUUGUUAAUUGUAUGCAACCUAGUUGUAUUUUUGCUGGUGUUACUUAUGUCUUUCAAAGCUAUUACUAUUGUGGCUUGAUAACUAUGUUAUUGAUUCUGUUAAGGAAAUAAAUUUUUGAUUAGGUAUUCAGUAUGUUGGAAUUUAAUGAUAUCGUACCUGUGUUUGAGAGUUGAUGAGGCAAAUUUUUUUAUAGGAGCUGAUUAAGUUAUGUCAGAUGUAAUUUUAUUUCUGUGACAGUGAAACUUGCUGGUCAUAAAAUUGUGUUUGAAGUUUAGCAUUAUUGCUAGCUCACUUUUUAAAUUACAUGCAAAUAAAUUAAAAAGUGACUGUGACCUUUGAUUUGUUUAUUUUUUGACAAUCUGUGUUUGCAUAACAAAACAAUUUUAUUUCUACACCUGUACAUUAUCUGAAAUAUGUUUCAUGUUAUAAAUGUGUGUUGUGGUUAAUACUGUUCAUGGUUAUCUGAUGGACAGAGCUAUGCUUGUGCUGCUGAUUUCUGUCCAUUUUUAUGAAACUUUUGUGACAUAUAAUAAUAUAUUGGACUGGAUCACUCAUUAAUGCAUUGAGACCUGAUUUUUGUAAUUAUAAACCUAAUUAUUUUGUUUCUCCACUGUACUUAUAUUUGAAUAACACAUCAUACACAUUUUUUGUUCCCCUUUAUAAUCAAAGAGCACGAUGCAGAAAAUAAAUAAAACACCCACUUUGCUUUUAUUCACAAUAAUUUCAAAUACAAUAUUGUGUAGACCAUCAAAUUGAACUGGUCCUUCUGGCUUCAGCUGCCAGAGACUGUGGUCGUGGUCGUGUGUGUGUGUGUGUGUGUGUGUGUGUGUGUGUGUGUGUGUGUGUGUGUGUGUGUAUUUUUUAUGAAGGUCUUAUUGGCCGACAGAUCACUUUCCAACAGUCUUUUUUUUAUGUGCCUGUCUCCGAUUUGGCAUAUGAUGAGUAGCAACUAUCCUUUUCAUAAUAUUGUUACAUUCCACCCUGGAUUUUCCACUGUUUGAUUUAAACUGACUCUUCCAUUUUUCCUGCUAUUCAAAUGUCCACAACGUCCAUGGGGAACUGCAAAACAAAUUUAUGAAAUAAAUAAAAGAUGAUGCAAUAUUGACUUGUCUGAAUAAAUGAUCAUCCCCUUAGUUUGAUUUUGCUUCAGAUGUAAUUAUAUUGACACACUACAUGAAGCAACCUGCAGAUGGCACCUCUUGCUGUUUAACCAGCCAAAUGGCACUGUAGUUAGACACUGGACACUAAUUUGAGAGGACUGUGCUUCAAAUCCCCUCUGGCCAUUCAGAUUGUUUUCCAUGGUAUUUGCUAAAUACUGUAGGAUGAUUGUAAAAGUCAGUGUUUAUUUUGGUCCCCCAACUGAGGUUUCACUCGGUAUCAUUGUGGGGUUUUGCAGUGCAUUACAAUAUCUGCUUGCCUGCAGCUCUGUUUGUUACUAUAUAAUGCAUGACUUAAGUUCAAAUUAUAGUGGAUGCUAGACAGUACAUACGCAUACUAUGUCAUACAUGUGGAAAUGCUGAUAUUUAUGUGCUCCAGUAUUGUCUUAAUUACAUUGCUGUUCUGCCGUAGACUUGUGGUUAUUUAGAUUAAUUUGAUUAUCUGAAUAUGCAGUUGAAGUGUGUGUUUUAUGCGGGUGUUAAAAGAAUAUUUGAAAUAAAUGAACACAUCAGUAAGUGGCUGGUUCAGUGUAAAACCAGUGUAUUGUUAUGGUUUUCAGUUCAAAGGCUAGUUUGAAGCAGCUCUCCAUGCCAGCCUCUCCAUCUCAAUUUUUUCGUGCCACAAGAUGUCCUAUCAGCCAUUCACUUAUCAAGUUAUGCCAUAAAUUUGUUUUUCCCCCAGUUUGAUUCAAUACCUCUGCAUUAGUUAAAUCUAACCUUCAACAUUCUUUUGUAACGCCACAUUUCAAAAGCUUCUAUUCUCUUCUUGUCCGAAGUUUCACUUCUGUACAAGAUUAGAUUCCAUACAAAAAAGCUUCAGAAAAGACUUUGUAACACUUAAUAUAUAGUAAAUGUUUACAAAUUCCUCUUACUCAAAAAUGCUUUUCAUGUUAUAGUCAGUCUGAGUUCUAUAUUCUCUCCACUUUGUCCAUUGUAAGCAGUGGUGGCUGCUUUGUAAGAGCCCAAGAGGUUAUGAGCACUCACACUUUUGACACCUUGCAGAUUUAUUUGUUGUUUUUCUUUGAGUGGCCACAAGCACAUCGCAGUUGUUCACAUUUUAAGGAGCUCGUGUGCAUGCACUGCUGGCGUGACUUAAUUGCCUUAUGGGUGAAAUACAUACAGAUCUGAUGAACAAUGUGCGUGGUUCACAGCAUGCACAUCUAGCCCCUACCAAUCGACUACAAGUUUACAUCUGUGCCACCUGGUGGUAGCACACUGCAGCAGACUUUUAUCCUCCUCUGCUUGACAUAAAUCCUCAGAUAUGUCAAUUCACUUACUAUAUAGCAAAAUGUAUUGUUGGUUUCUGAAUGCUUUACAGUAUAUAAAAUUUUGGAUUUUAUCAUACAGAAAUCCAUUUGAGGCACUGGAACCAGAAGAAGCUGAAGCAUCAAUGUUGAUUGUGAGAUUGUAGCAUUUAUUCAUGCUUCUGACAUCUGUUGAUCUGAUAGUGAGUCUGGUUGUCUGUGGUAUGGAGGUGCAUUCAUUAUAUGUACGAGUAUGAAUGUUAACAAAAAGCUGUCUCAGUUUCUCUGAUAUUCAGUUAAAUAUGGGAUCGAUAACUGUGUGUGUGUGUGUGUGUGUGUGUGUGUGUGUGUGUGUGUGUGUG